AUGAAUGAACAAUCUUCUCUCACUUCACAAUUUCUCACUGAAAAUGUGAAUCUAAAGACGGCUACGUUCUAAGAGCUAUCUCCAGAAUAGUCUUAUCACAAAGUCUACUCUUCAAAUUUUGAUAAUAUAAGAAAGGAAGAGAGUGCUCAAGAUUUAAAGGAAUAAAUUACUAGAUUAGAUCUAUUUAUCAACAGUUAGGACAUAAAUUUUAGCUAGAUUUAAGUUGAAAAGGUUAAUGAGGAUAAAGUUAUAUUCUCUCAAGAUAAUAAGGUAGAAUAUUGGUUUUUCAUAAUUGAAGGGAGUGUUAGAUUAUCUUACAAUCCACUUAAAUUUCCUUAAGUUAGCGCUGAGCUCCAAGAUGUAAUUUAGUUUUUUGACUAUGCGAAGCUUAGAGAUAGUCCUUAGCUCUCAUUUACAUUUUGUAAAAGCUAGGCAUAAUCUCCUAUACAAAGAUCAUAAUCAGAGAACGCAUAAUAUGAUAUAUCAUAGAAAGAACAUACACAAAACAUUGAUGAAAAAGAAAAAAAAGAAGUUGAAAUCAGUGAGCAGUAUGAAAGAUCAAAUUAGACUAUUAAUAAUUUUUCAAUUAAAAAGUCAGAAAUUAAAUCUAAAAAAGACUUAACUUUGAAGAACUCUUAAAGUCUUAUUUUAAAGAAAUUUUAAGCAGGAGAUAUUAUCACAUUUAAAGAAUUAAAAUAUUAUACUGCAACUGGUACAUGCUCAAAGGGUUCUACAGUUUUAAAAAUAGGUAUUUCUUAAGUAAGUAACCUAAAAAUUUAUACUUAAUGGCAAAAUUUUUACAGAUACACCUAAAAUGAACAAGAAACUUUCGAAUAACAGUAAUAAUAGUAAUAUGAUUACAACCAAAAUAUUAAUAAUGCAAAUACUGCUUUUGAGGAAACUUUUAGUGAAAGCAUAGAGAAAUACAAAUUUAUUAAAUCAAUCCCUCUCUUUUAGCAACUGAAUAGCGAUAUUAUUGAUUAGUCUUUUAAUUUAAUUAACUACAAAUAAGGUGAUGUUGUGUUUAAAGAGUAGGAGUUAGCUUAGUAUUUUUAUAUUAUCUUGGAAGGAGAAGUUGAACUCUUAAAAUCAAGUAAUCCUGUUAAUAGUCAAAAUAUAUCAAGAUCACCAUCUUUAUCUCCUAAAAAGAAUUUUUCUUCUACGAGUAAGCUUAAUUCUUAUAUCAAAGCCAGUGUAUUAUCUCAUGGUAGCAUUUUUGGUGAGGAAGAAGUAAUCCUCCAGUCAGUAAGAAACUUUACUGCUAGAGUAUGUUCAAAAAGACUGAUUGUUUAUCAGCUAUCAAUAUUUUUUUUUUUAGAUUACAUUUGCAGAUAAAAUGAUCUCUUUUAUGAAAAACUAAAAUUAAUGAUGCAAAACAAAUUGGCUUGGAGAAACAAUUAAAUUGACUCAAUUUAGAAAGUUCAAAAAAGAUUGAAUCAGAUUGAAAUUUCUAAUAAAUCCAACUCUAAUUUAUUGAAAAACACCUAAGUUAAUGACUUAACUCAUGUUGCUUCUGACUAAAGCCUCGUGAUGAAGAUACCUCAUAACAAAUAGGAUUAAAGUGCACAGAAUUCUCCAGAUAGGAAAUAAAAAAGAGCAUCCUCUCAUUUGAGAAUGGAACCUAUUCCUUUAAAAAUCCACCCUAAAAUGGCUGCUAACCCAUUUAUAUUACCUCAAAUUUCAGAUUUGCAGUAAACAAAUAUUGGAGUUACAAGAAAUCAAUCUAAGGAUUAUAAUAGCAAUUAAGUAAUUCAACCUCAAAUGAUUAAUACAUAAAGAAAAAAUAAGUCUAGUUAAAGCAACUAUAAAGAUGUAUAGACAAUAAAAAAUAGCAUUGAUUCAGAAGAAAGCAAAAUAAAAAAAAAUUUAAGAAGAAAAUAAAAUAUAAUUAGUAUGUUCAAAAAAAAUAACUCUAUUUUAACAAAUAAUAGAUUUCCUUCAUUUGAAAAGCCUCUCAUUCCUGUAGAUGGCUAUGGUCUAGCUGUUAAAAGUAAAAAUAAAUUUUUAUUGUCCUCAUCAAAAUAGCAUAGUAGAAAUGUUUCAUAACCUUCUAUAGACUACAUAAAUUCCUUAGAAAAUAGUUUUUGUGAACAAUAAAUAAAUUAAAAAAUUAAAAAUAAAUUAAUUUAAAAUACUUCUAACUUGAAUAUUAGUCUCAAUUCACAACCAUCAAACAAAAAUUUUGAAAAACUUAUGAAUGACAUUGAGGUAGAUGCCUUAAAAGAUUAAACAAAGAUUUCCUAAAUUGUCUUACCAAUGUAGAAAUAAUUGACUUAAAUUUCUUAAAAUAGCAAUCAAUAAAUACCAUAUAUCAAUUUUAAAACUAAUACAAACACAAGAGCCGUCUCAAGAAAUUCUUUUCAAAAGCUAGGAAAAGAAUAAAAUAGAAGUAUGGAUGAUAUAUAUUCAUAAAUUGAUAAACUAAACUUAAAUACUUCACUCAUAACUACUACAAUGGAUAAUGAAGCAACUAGGAUACAUUCCUUUAGAAAUUCAUAUAUCAAUGAUAACUAAUUUUAAGAUAAUUCUGCCAGAAACUCUAAAAAUGAAUUAAGUCCGACUUAAAUAGGUAGCUUAAUAGAUAAAAAUUAUAAAAUAUAUUAAAAACUAGGAACUUACUUCCGUCCAAGCAAAAACUAUCUUAUGAAUAAAUAUGAAAAGCCUGUAAAGGGUAAAAAAGUGUAAAAUUUUUCUAACCAAUAAGAUCUUACAACUAGUUUCUAACAGAAUGAGCAACUAUAAGGAGUUUAAUAAAAUCUAAAGCCAUUAUAUAAUUCUCUAGAAAAAUACAGACUACUUGAGAAGUCUCCUUCUUAAGACAACUAAAACAGAAAAUCUAAAGAAUAUAACUAAAUAAUAAGAGAUAAAAUAGAAAAUUAUAUUAACGACUAGCUAGGAACGAUGACUAAAAAGUAUAAACUAAUUAAGGAACCUGAUUAAAACUUGGAAAUCAACUAAGAAAUGAUAUCAUUAGGAGUUCUAAACAAAAACUCCCCAAUAAAUAGUCAAGCAGCCUUUAAAAGAGAAAUAGCCAAUAAGCUUUUAUCUCAUAAUCCAUCAGUUGGAAACACACCUACUAAUUUGAACGAUUAAGCUUAAUUUGACUAUAAUUUUAUACCUAAAAGUGAAAGAUAUAAAUAAUCUUCAAGUUUAUAAAAGUAAAAGAGAUAUUCAAAUAAUAGUAAUGUUUACGUCAAUAAUUCUUGUUUAUAAAGCAGCACAUGUGAUUGCAGGUUUUGCAUCCCACACUAUAAAUAGAAUACUUCUAAAUCUGAAUUAAGGUAUUAGCUGCAAUAAGGUGGAUGCAGCUUACAGCAUACCAAUAAAAAAAAUUUGAUAAUAAAAAAAACAACUCAAUUAGUAAACAUUAAUUAUCCAUAAUUAGAUCAAAAUGCUUAAAAAUGA